AUGUCGCGGAACGUUGGUGCCGAGGAGGAAUGGGAGGACGUGGACGCCCCCAAUGAAGAGGAUGAGGAAGAAGAAGACACGACCAUCAACAAUUCAGAUGUGAUGAUGCGGUACAAAAAGGCAGCCCUGUGGUGCAACGAAACACUGCAGUUGCUGCUUGAUGCGACGAAGCCCGGCGCGAAGGUGCAUGAGCUCUGCAAGUUGGGUGAUGAAACCGUUGCGAAGAAGCUCAAGACAAUGUUUAAAGGCACAGAGAAGGGCCUGGCUUUCCCCACGUGUAUUUCCGUCAACAGCUGUGUGGCGCAUAACAGCCCAUCGGCUGACGAUGAGGCGGCUUCACAAGAGAUUCAGCUUGGGGAUGUGGUGCACAUUGAUCUCGGUAUUCAUGUUGACGGCUACUGCGCGCAGGUGGCCCAUACCGUGCAAGUAACGGAGAAUAAUGAAAUUGCUGCCGAUGACGAUGCCUCAAAAGUUAUAUCCGCAACAUACGGCAUUCUCAACACAGCUAUGCGCAAGAUGCGCCCCGGGGUCAGUGUAUAUGAGGUGACAGAAGUAAUUGAAAAAGCCGCCGCGCACUACGGUGUGACUCCCGUGGACGGGGUUCUCUCGCACAUGCUGAAGCGUUAUAUUGUUGACAGCUUCCGUUGCAUCCCACAACGGAAGGUAGCUGAGCACCUUGUGCAUGACUAUACUUUGGAGGCAGGACAGGUGUGGACUCUUGACAUCGUCAUGAGCUCUGGAAAGGGCAAACUAAAGGAGCGUGAUGUCCGACCGACCGUUUACAAAGUAGCGCUGGACUCCAAUUAUGCCAUGAAGAUGGAGUCGGCGCGUGAGCUUCAGCGUGAGAUUGAGGCCAAGUACCAGACAUUUCCCUUCGCACUGCGGAACCUGGAGACAAAGAGGGCUCGCCUAGGUCUCUCCGAGAUGCUAAAGCACGGCGCCGUGGUCCCGUAUCCUGUUCUGUACGAACGUGAUGGGGAGGUAGUCGGACACUUUAAGAUCACGCUACUGAUUACAGCCAAGAAGAUCGAGCCAGUGACGGGCCUUAAGCCGCAGAAUGAGGCCCCAACGCUGCCGGCAUACACCGACGAGCUGCUGCUGGAGGCAAGUAAACUGCCGUUGACACUGGAAAAGAAACGAAAGAAUUAA